UCCGAGGAUGUUUUGAUUUUUCAGCCUAGUGGAUUUGCCUUUCUGCACAUUUUCUCCUAAUAUGAGCAGUCCAAGCAGUCGACAAGUUAUAAAACUCUACCGAGACUUACUGAAGUAUGGCGAACAGUUGAAAUUUACCGACAAGGAGUACUUCAAGAAGCGCAUAAGGAAGGAAUUUGAAGAAAACAAACACUUAACCUCUUCAGAGGAUAUUCUCUUCAACUUCAAGCGUGGAGAAAUUCUUCUAGCAAAGGCCAGGGUUGUGUAAAAUGCUGAAAUCUGUGGUCUUCCGCUAUUUCCCUAGGCCAUUUCCUAGCUUGAGCAUUGCCUGUAAAUCCACAAUU